CAGCCAGUAAUGAAGCAUCCCGGAAGAAGCCACUACACCAGGGGUGAAAACGGCUUCAUAUAAACACGAAGUCAUAAGAACGAUCAGACGUUUUAGAAACAAAGAAAUAUAGUGCUUAAUAUGAAGAUGUUUUUGUUGGCUGGAUUUAUGUCUGUUGGUCUGCUACUUACUGGCGGCGAUGCGAACCCCCCGCAAGUUAAACUCUACCGACGGCGCGGGGAUAGUGUUAUACUGCCAUGCCGCCUGGCUUCCGGCUUGGACCCCGACACGGUCUUGGUCCGCUGGAAAUCAUCAAAAGACUCUUACCUCACUUCCGGUGUACGUGUACUCAAAUACACGAACCAGAUUGAGGUCGUCAAGACAUCCAAAAUUGAAUGGAAUCUUCUGAUUAAGUCGGUCACGGACACAUUCGCGGCGAAUUACACGUGCACGUCAGAUCAACAAGUGGUGCUGUCCAACGUACAGCUUCUGAUCUUGGUCGCUCCGAAAAUCGACUAUGGCGGUACAAGCUCACCGGAAGUGAACGUCGAUGAAGGCGGCACAGUGGAACUUACGUGCGCAUUUACUGGCGAACCCGUACCGAACAUAACGUGGUUUAGGGGUGCCGACAAACAGCCUACCGGCAUCACGGGGAGCAAACUUGUUCUGCCUGACGUCAAGCGUUACGCUACCGACGUCUACACGUGUCGUGGAGAGAAUUCUGUUAGUAACGAGGAUCAUCAGAUCAAUCUUAUCGUGAGGUUUCCUGUCGAGGUAGACGUUAUGGAAAAUACCGUUUACGUCAAGAGGGGAGGUAUAUUUACGUUAGCGUGUAUCGCGCAAGGGGCUCCGUUAUACGAAACAUACUGGAUUGACGUUCAUGGUAACAAAGUGAUGUCUACAACAUGGAAAUAUGACUUUAACAUGGAAUCGGCAGGUGCACAUAUACCGGCUAAGUUCGUCACCUUGGCUUCUCGCACGGGUGCCUUGACCGUUUUCGACUUUGGACCGUACACGUGCGAAGCGAAGGGAGAUGGGCGCGUUGCCAAAGCAACUGUGAAUGUCGUUGAACUUAAGGAACUCAACUAAUUUAACGCCAACGGAUCAUAUGUCCCUGAUGCGAAUUACGACAAAAUAAAUCGAAAAUCAUAACGCUUUCGAAAUAAGCAGAACUAUGAUUGGGACUUGCGAAAUGUAUUGCCUUAAUGUGUAAAUAUAUUUUAAAGAUGCACUCUUACUCCCAAAUGAUAUUUACCUAAAUUAAUACAAUUGUUUUAAUAUUUGAAAAAGGAUGAAUACAUGUCGAAAACAAGGGUUCUUAUGAAGGAUACUGAGUUUAAGUUGAAAGAAAUGCACAUAAAACACGGUAUUUCUACCUCAUGAGACUAUAUUGGACCACAGUAAAUCUUUUAACAUUCAACAAUCAUUUAAUAUUUUUGCGUUUUCUGCUAUUAAAUACACGGUUACAAUCUUGUUAUCAGUAAUUAAUAUUUUCCAUAAGUGCAUUAUUUAGUAAGUAGUAAAAGGUUUAUCAGUCAAAAUUGAUGUGUGUUAUACAUGUGUAUGUAUAUAUUGAUUUUGAAUAAGAGUGUCACUUUAAAAGCAUGUAACCAGUAUUGGCAUAAAUGUUAAAUUUGGAUGCCUUGUGAUCCAAUAUAUGUUUGGUAUCAAUAGAAAAGGCUUUGCUUGCUGAUUACUCAUAAAUUUGGGAAAUAGAAGAACAUACAUUAAUACUAAAGUUAAUGCAGUUUGACUUUUUCUUCUUUAUUUUAACAGAAAUCUGAUGUAAAUUGUUGAUGAUUUGAAUUGAUAAAAUGAGUAUAUAAUUCUUAA